GUCCCCGCUCUCCAUGGAAUUACACGGCUGGAAGCGCCGCUGCUGAAGAGCUCGUGUUGCUCGGCGAGUGCCAGCCCCCAAAGGGCGCGUUUGUUCCAUCCUGGACACAGUUUGGAGGAGAGCCGCUCGAGUUGAAAAAACCUCGAACAACUGGGGUGGGAAUUAGAAGAAAUUAUAGUCACUCUCGGGCAAAACCAUAUGGGUGUGUAAACACAGAAGAUUGAGCUGCUGGAACUUGAGACUGACUUCUCAUUGGUGGUAACCUGAGGAACUUCAUUUAUCUUCAUUCCAAUGUUGCUCUGAAAAAAAAAAAUCUGGAUCAACAACUCUGAACCAUCAGGCGUGCCAAGAUGCCUCAGGAACAGUAUGCACAGAGAAGCACCAUGCAGAGCUCAGAAGGACCACAUGUAUACAAAGUGGGGAUUUAUGGUUGGAGGAAGAGGUGCCUCUAUUUCUUUGUGCUACUUCUAAUGAUUUUAAUCCUGGUGAAUCUUGCCAUGACCAUCUGGAUUCUCAAGGUUAUGAACUUCACAAUUGAUGGAAUGGGAAACCUAAGGAUUACAGAGAAAGGUUUAAAGCUAGAAGGAGAUUCAGAAUUCUUGAAACCUCUCUACGCCAAAGAAAUCCGGUCCAGGACAGGCAACCCUCUGUACUUCCAAUCUGCUCAGAAUGUUACAGUGAACAUUCUCAAUGAGGACAGUAAAGUUCUUACACGUCUGGUAACAGGUCCCAAAGUGGUGGAAGCCUACGGCCAAAAAUUUCAAGUGCUAACCACUUCAGGGAAAUUGUUAUUUUCUGCAGAUGACAAUGAAGUGGUCGUUGGAGCAGAGAGACUGAAAGUUUUAGGAGCAGAAGGCACAGUGUUCCCUAAAUCCAUAGAAACUCCUAAUGUCAGGGCAGACCCCUUCAAGGAACUAAGACUUGAAUCUCCGACACGCUCUUUGGUGAUGGAGGCUCCCAAGGGAAUUCAGAUCAAUGCUGAGGCUGGCAACCUGGAAGCGACGUGCAGGACAGAGCUGAAGCUGCAAUCCAAAGAUGGCGAGAUAAAGUUGGAGGCUUCAAAAAUCAAACUACCUAGAUUGCCUCAGGGAUCCUACUCCCCUUCUGGAUCCAAUCAAAAAAUCUAUGAGCUCUGCGUAUGCUCCAAUGGGAGGCUGUUUCUGUCCCAGGCAGGAUCUAGCUCCACCUGCCAGAUAAACCCGAGUAUCUGCCUUUGAAAGAGACUGUUUGCAGCAGCCUUCCUGGCAGGACAGUUAAGCUGCCACUUAAUUUUGCUAGAACACAGAAAGCCUAUCAAAGACUUGUGUGUGUGUUUGUGGGUGCGUGCGCCUGCAUGUGUGUGUGUGUGUGUGUGUGUGUGUGUGAAUAUAUAAAUAUAUAGAUAUAUAUAGAUAUGAAUAUAUAUAGAUAUAUAUAUAUCCUUUGCGUAAAAUGAGGUUUCAGUACAAGAAAUUCCAGGGUGACCCUCUUGGUAUAGCAUUUAUCAUUCCUGCACCAAAAUUUAAGAACUACAAGUGAAUUGGAUGCAGAUCCUUUCAGGAGUAUUCAGAUUGUUGACCAUAUGUUUCCAUUUGUCAAGAAAAGGUUUUCAAGCCUCUCCAAAUUUAAAGGCUAGUUCACACGUAACAUUUAAUCGACACAGGUCUCAGGAGAAAUUCUGUCAUGUGACAAGACUGCACCCGGGUUUAAUCUGCCACGCAUAAAGGCCCUAGAUUUGCAGUUGCGGCUUCCUUAGGUGUCUGCAACAGGGAGAUAGAUGUGUUACAUUUAUGUGAUGCUGUAUACAGAUGUUGGUUUUUCUGUGGCCAUAUAGGUAUCUGUAUCUGUGGAGAUAUAAUGGCAUGUAUAAAGACAACCUAAAGAUGAAACCAAAAAAGCAAAGGCAUCUGAACCUGUAGCAGCCCUCCUCAGACCACUCAUGAAGGUAGAGAAAUCAAAAGGAAGGAAGGUAGAAGAUAUCCAGGCUAUAUGGACAGUCUUUUGAUAAAUAGAACAGACGUAUUUUAAAACAUACAUACAUACAGUGAUUAACUGAGAGGAGAUAUGUUUGUACUGGAACUUCAGCUCCUAGCCCACAAACUACAAUAGUACCAUGACUGCCCUCCCAGUUCACGGUGACUAACUUCAUACUUUGAGAAUCAUGAAUUUGAUAUAUAUCAAUUGCCUGAUUAAACUGCCUUGUUAAAGACACCAUGAAGAGAGACAAGCAUCUCUGAUUAUUAUUGUGCCAUUAAAAUCCAUCAGAUGAUAAAAUUUUCCUAGUGCUCAGGAUGCUGCAAGAAAUCUGUGGUUAAAUUAGACACUGUUUUUAACUAGAAGUACAUAUCCCAAAACAAAUUCCAUGCAGUGUAGUCCACAACCCAGACUCUAAUACUCACAGCUGAUAUCUCAACCCCCUAAAAGCAUCAACUGUAGUAUGGGGCAAUUGAAAUGGAAUGAUGCCCUGUAGCUGGUGCCUCUUUUGCUCUGUACAUUGAAGGAUAUGCUGGCUAUAGAUCUGGCUUUACAGAGGGUGCUUCACAGAGAUGGGAAUCCUAUAUGAUCAGGAUUCCUGAUACUAUUAGAGAACCUUCAUGAUUGCAGCAUCAUCAGAUUUCAUUCAGUGCAUGGACGUUGGAGAGUAAAUCAUUCCCCUUUACAUCAUAUGGAGAAUCUUCAUACAGGUUAUUGCACUGAGGGCAAAAGCCUGGGUUCUGUCAGUGGACAGUGAGAGAGAGAGUGGUAAAUUAAUUGUGUCCUGUAAAAUGGAUCUAGAAAGUACAUUCACAAGUUAAACAUAGCAGACUAGAACCAGCUGGACAAGCAUAGACAUGAAAAGGAGGCAGAUAUUUUGUUCAGAAUUAUCUUGAAGUUCCUGCCUCUCCCAUGCACAUUGCUAUUAGGUUACAAGGAGUGCACAAUGCAUCUCAGAAUUGUCUUCGAAACAGGAAGAAGAAUUGUUCCCCUGUUUCAGCAAGGCUUGCAAAAAAGCAUACCUAUAAAAAUAAAACAAUGAUGCCAUGAAGGAAAUCCUUUAAGCUGAUGGUUCUUUUGACAUCUAUGCAUAGCAUACUCAGAAUCACCACCAUAGGCACUAUUAAUGACCAGAAAGCUAGCAUGGCUAAUGCAAAUAGGGUGUAAUGGAGUGAAUAUGAAUGCCAGAAGAAGGCAAUUUCUUGUUCACUGAAAGACUAGAUAUCUGCUGAACUUAUAAAUAUAAAGACGUUUAUGAUCAAUAGAUAUCUUGUUCAUCCUUUGCUGUCAACAGUUCAGGCUGUGAUGGAACUUGGCAUGGAGAAAUUAAAAAUAUAAAGGAAGUACUUUAGCCUUGUGAGCCUAUUUUGGCCAGAAAUAUUAGUUUGAUGUAAAAAUAUAUUAAUAGGAAGAAAAUCAGUGUCACAAGUUUUACAUGGUGCAGUAUCAGAAAUGCUUAUUUUAAAGCAAGCUUUUAAUGGCUUCCAAUUAUGUCAUAAGACAUUGGGG